AUGCCGUCUAGACGCCCCCAUCUAUCUUCCUCUGCCUCAAGCUCCUUCAAAAUCGCCAACAAACACAAGCGAACAUCCCAUAACAUCUCGCUCCGUCGUACAAUCUCCAAAGCCAAGCUAGAAGCUCGUCAUGACCGCAGGAGAACCGAACUCAAGAACCCAGCUCUCAAGAAAGAAAGAUUAUUAGCGAAUAUUCCACAGACGUUGGAUUCUAAGCGGGUUGCUGUUAAUGUUCCUUAUGUUCCUAGCGAGGAGAUGAUGGAACGGGCGAGGAGGAGGAUGGAGGAUGCUGUUAAUAAAGAUAGUGAAGGGAAAGGCGAGGAUGAAGAGGGUGAAGAUAGUGAUGAAGAGAUGGAGGAUCAAAGUUUGAAGGGAAAGAAAGAUAAUGUAUCAAUCAAUAUUGAAGGAGGUGAAGAUUCAUCGGAAUCAGCUUCGGAAGACCAGAAUGACAAGGACGAGGAGGACGAGGAUGGGGACGAAGAAGACGAUCUAGGCUCCCUCUACGACUCCGAUUCAGACUUAGAAACGACUGCUACUAAGAAGUCGAAGAAACCAGCUCCUUUAAAGCCAUUACAAUCCUCCACUCUUCCCGAAGAAACCCUCACCACCCUCCUCUCACUAAUUCCGCACCCGACGACCCCUCCAAAACUUCUAUUAACUUCUACUCGCCGCGCCCGUCAGCAUCAACUCUACCAAACCCUCUCCCUUAUCUUCCCAAAUACCACAUACGUUCCCCGAGGGACCAAGUUCACAAUCCCACAAAUCGCCAGCUUCGCCACAAACCGACAGUAUACCCACCUCCUCGUCGCCCUCGAAGACUCAAAAACCCUGCAUGGUUUAAUCAUAAUCCUCCUCCCAGCCGGUCCAACCUUCCACUUCAGUCUCACAAACUUCGCGGAUGGUAAAGCAAUCCAAGGCCGUGGUGUAAACACAAACCAUGUACCAGAACUAAUCCUAAACAACUUCACAACCACAAUCGGUCGUCUGACUGCUUCACUAUUCCAAUCACUAUACCCUCCGCAACCACAAUUUAUGGGUAGACAAGUGGUAACCCUUCAUAACCAAAGAGACUACAUAUUCUUCCGCUUCCACAGAUAUAUAUUUCGAGAAAUCGCGGAGAAGAAUAAGGGAAUAAGUAGAGGGGAUAGGACUACUGGUGCUGCUGCUGUUGGUGUGGGCGGACAAAGAGCAGGAGAAGAUUUGGGAAUCAAAGUCGGACUACAAGAGUUAGGGCCGCAGUUUACAUUAAAGUUGAGGAGAGUAGAGCGGGGUAUCUGUGAGGGGAUUGAAUGGGAAUGGAAGGGUAAGAUGGAGAAGGAUAGAAAGAUGUUUCAUCUUUGA